GCCUCGGCCUUGGGCGGAGCGGAAGACGCGUGGAUCUGUGAGAGGACUCGCGGGUUGUGCAGGUCUGCGUCCCUCAGUGGGUUCUGUGCUGCUCUCUGCGCGUGUGAAGAGACCAGUGGUAUGGCCUGAGCGGUGCGGCCGCGGGAAGAGGACCUUCCUUGUCAGGAGCCUAGCAGAGGAUAUUUUAAAGGACAUAAAUAUGCAGCCAAAUGAAGUGAUACACAGGGAAAAGUCUGGUUCCUAGUGCAGGAUCUUCAUCCUUGUGGAACUGAGUACACCUAUAAUAUGUUUUAGAAAUAGGUGUUAAACUUCAGUUUGAAGGAAGAAUGUCUCUCAAUCCAUCUGUAUUUCUUCAAGAAAUUGAAGAAAAUAAUUCAAAAUUUGUGAAAGCAAAUCAAACUACUUCCAUAGCUUCAGAGGAUCCCCUUCAAAACUUAUGCUUAGCAUCUCAAGAAGUUCUUCAAAAAGCCCAGCAAAGCGGGAGAUCAAAGUGUCUCAAAUGUGGUGGUUCCAGGAUGUUCUACUGCUAUACAUGUUAUGUCCCAGUUGAAAAUGUACCUAUUGAACAGAUUCCACUUGUGAAGCUUCCACUGAAGAUUGACAUCAUUAAACAUCCAAAUGAAACAGAUGGCAAAAGUACUGCUAUACAUGCAAAACUCUUAGCACCUGAAUUUGUGAACAUUUACACAUACCCUUGUAUUCCAGAAUAUGACGAAAAGGACCAUGAAGUUGCACUUGUUUUUCCUGGACCUCAGUCUAUCUCAAUAAAAGAUAUUUCUUUUCAUUUGCAAAAAAGGAUUCAAAAUAAAAUUAGAGACCAAAAUAAUGACCUGGACAAACCAUCUUUUAAACGCAAAAAAACUGAAGAACAGGACUGUGAUUUGAAUGACAGUAUAUGCAAAAACACAAUACUAAAAAAAAUUGUCUUUAUAGAUAGCACCUGGAACCAAACAAACAAAAUAUUCUCUGAUGAGCGACUUCAAGGGUUGUUACAAGUUGAAUUGAAAACAAGAAAAACUUGCUUUUGGCGCCAUCAAAAAGGAAAGCCAGAUACUUUCCUUUCCACAAUUGAAGCCAUUUACUACUUUCUAGUAGACUACCAUACUGAUGUAUUAAAAGAAAAAUACAAAGGACAAUAUGACAAUCUUUUAUUUUUCUAUUCUUUUAUGUACCACUUGAUAAAGAAUGCCAGGUGCUCUGGACAUAAGGAAACAGCAAAACAUAGCCAUUAGCUGUUAACAAGCCACCUGUCAUUUUAUUUUGUUAAAAUUAAUAAACUUAUAGUUGUGCUUUGUUUAUUCUUGGGAAAUAAUAGUGUAUAAUAGCUGUAAGAUCACUUGAAAAAAUUCCAUUUUCACUUUUUACCUCUUAUUUUUUUAAAAAAGAAAUUGUAUCUGAGGCAUUUUUUCAGAGAUAAAUUUGAUUAAAACCUUAUUUUGA